UUUGAGCUGGACACUAUCAGUAAGGUCCUGCCUGCUCUGCCCUGGAGCAUGUGUGUGCCAGUUAGAAUCUGACUGACCACAUUUUACCCUCUCACUGUUUUCUGCUCUAAAACUCCUGCUCUAUGAACUGUCAGACACAGUGAACAGGGCCAGGCUCCUCAGGUCCAGAGAGCUGCGGAGAAGACCCCCCCCCCAAACUGAGGUCUGAUGGGGCUUGAGAUGGACCUGACCAUAUGCAUCAUGGGGCUGGUGCUCCUGGUCCUGACAGUCCUGCUCUCUGUUCUUUGCAGCCACUGCGGCAGGCGUUCAUUUGAGUUGAGGGACACUACACCAGAGAAGGGCCCAUCUGCCCUCGUCAGAGUGGUGAAGCUGGAAGAAACCCAAGACUACCCCAUUAAACAGAAUGCCACAGACUUCGCUGAUGUACAGGACAACCCUCACGUCACUUCAUGGAGAAGCCACUUGGGGGAGCCACAAGUCCAAGGUUUGGGGCACAUCUUCACUCACUACUGAAGGGACAUUUAAAGACCACAGCAGUGACAACGUUCCAGGGAUGAUCCCUCAAUGGAAAAGCCAUUUAGAAGCACAGAUGCACGCAGGACGAUGAUAGAAUUGACGCUGACGAGUAUGGGGCUGACUUGCCAUUCCAGCUUUAUUUAGAGGAAUUUAAAGGUGCCCUAUGUAACUAAAAACUCGGAAUCACCUGUUAAAAAAAUGCAGUGGACCAAAAUGCUGCACUCAGAUAAACAAAAAACUAAGCUGGCAAAAACAUCGAAACAGUCAAGGCAGCUGUAACACAAAGUUCUACCAUGGGCUCCAGCUUGGCUAUAUGUAACAAUUAACAUUUUUACAGAGAACUUUAAUAUAAUAUCAAAUGUUCUAUAUUUUGUUGAAAUUUUAGUUAAAACAACUUGAUUUCAACUGUUGUUUCACUGAAUGUAAGAGCAUGUCUCAAGUCUUGAUUAGAAGUUUCAGUACUGAAGUAUUCAUUUUCAUCAAUCUACAGCUUUCUGGUCAAAAACACCUAAAUGUAAGUGUGUGCUGUCGUCAGAGGCCUCUGCAAUUUCCAGUAGUUAGUGACAUCACAAAAGACUGUCCUAAAUACAGCUAGGUGUCUGAUUACAAUCGCUUCACUGCAGGGGGCGGAGUUUGAAGCGUGGAUACUUGUUAGACCAAUCACACGGUUCCUUAUACCUCUAGACUCCGCCCCUCUUCCUCUUUCUCUCUCUUUCAGUCCACAGGCACUGCCCAGUUUAGCAGCUCUAUUUGAAAUUAGUCUUACUUUCAUUUUAAAAACAGUGCACAACAUGUGUGAGGGGGGGUCUCCAGGAUCUCUCAGCUACAUGACCUACUUAUGACUUUAGACAACACUGGUUACAGUAAAAAUCAAAUUCCAAACUGAAGAACUGACUCUUCCACAGACCGUGAAUUUUUGGUUGGACUUGAUUUGGCUUCUCUGUGCGUAAAGAAGGAUCAGGAUGGUCGCGUAAACAAACAGUACAGUAAUAAUAUAUAAUAAUUGUAAUUUUCUUAUAAACUGUGAUAAAACCAAUAAAGCAGUUCACACAAAGACACUGGUAUGUUUGCCAAUAGUCACAGUAAACAACAAAGCCAUGUUAACAAUACGGAUCCUAAUUGGAAUGGAAGAUAAGCAAAUUAAUUAGGCUCAUUAAAGGUGCAUUAUGUAACUUAAUGCCCUACUGUGGAAUAUCCCAGGCAAAGCAAAGGCAUUUAACUUUUCUAUGUAAGUGGAUACAAACUGACAACAACACCAUUUACAACAGUUACAUGUCAAAUCUGUGGAAAGACAAGCGCAUCUCAGAAAGAAUGUGUCUAUUUCGAGGUAUUUUUGAGCAGUAAAAACGCGUGUAAUUGAAUAACUGAACAUUCCUGACACAUCAUUACUAUCUCCAUGGGGACAAGUAAUUUGAAGAUAUUUUAAUAGACCAAUGGGAGGAUAUCAUCGCCAAAAAAGUUACAUGGUGAGACUUUACUGAGGGUGCGUGAUUAAGAUGGAGUGAUUCAGACCCUAAAUGUACUAUCACGUAAGUUGUGGGGUGAUGACGGGAAAAGCCAGUACAGUCAUUAGCUAUAACGUGCCGUACGUGAGUUGAGAAGAGCUGCAGUAAACAACAGUUCAGAGAGGGGUGUGUUUCUACUCCGCGUAGAGUACCCAAUCCGUGCCGCGCUGCGUCACACGUGGUUUCCUUGUUUACUACAGGCUGCGGCGGGACUGUGCGAAAACCCGGAUCUGCUGUGAGGGAAAUCCACUUCUCAUACUCACAAAUAUCAUACAUAGAAGAAGAAAUAGAAAGGUUCGGUGGAUACAUAUGGUUGCGCUUUACGUUACGCGUCCAGAGUAGAAAUUGGUAAAUUGCGUAAAAGCGGUAAAACGCGUAAACAAGCGAAGAUAAAGCACAUGUCACGUGGAGCUAUGCGAUUGUGGGGGUGUAAUAUCCAGUCCGGGAUUUUUCUGUCUCUUUUCUGUGGAGCACAAACUGGAUACAGCCUGUUCACUCACUGUGUUCCACCGUGCACGCAGAGAAGAGGCUUGUUUUGACUGACUUCAUUCAGAAGGAUCUGUACCUGACACAGAUGUUUCCUAAGACUCGCCUGGGGAAGCGCUCUCCAUUCGGGGCGCUGCUGAACUCCGCCUGCCCCCCCACCGUCCGCCAUGACCAGGAGAGUCACAGCGAACAGGUCAAGCUGGGGUUCACGGUGUCUCAGUGUGAAGCAGAACAUUCAGAGAACGAAACAUCCAACUGCAGCAGACUUAUGUCCUCGUCCAUUGAUGUGCCUAAAAGCAGGCAUCAGGAGGUGGACAUGGAUGAGCUGAUGGCUGCCAUGGUGCUCAGCAGUUUGUCCUGUAGUCCUCUGCUCCACAGCCCUGCCCAGCCGGAGCCCUCAGCUGCUGUUGCUGACUGUGGAGGUGAGCUGUCCGACUGCAGCAGCGGCUACUGGAGUGUGGGCCACAGCAGAGGAAGUCCUGCAGCCUCUCCACCAAUCACAGAGCCCGACGGCGACCAGACCACCACCUCUGAUGAGGGUAUGGAGCUGGAGCUGUUUGAGGAGCCGGCUCCGAGGAGACGCAGGAACUCGGAGCAUGCAUCCUUCAGGUGCCUGUGGCCCGGCUGUGAGAAGGUCCUGACCUCCAUUGUGGGCAUCAAGAGACAUGUGCGCACAAUGCACUUAAACAGUUGUGGAGGUGAAUAUGAGCGCUGUUCUCGCAGUGAGGAGGAUUUUUACUACACAGAAAUCACCCAGUCCCAGACCACGCCCCCACAGUGCACACCUGCAUCACCCACACACCAACUGUCCUCACCUGCCUGCAGCUCCCCUCCCCCGUCCUCACCUGCCCUCAGUAGCUCCGCCCCGUCCUCUUCCUCUGGCGCUUUUUGGCAGGUGCAAGUAGAGCACUCAUACCAGGCUCCGCCCCCUGUGCUCACUGCUGCAGUUCCCAGUGCAGCCUGUCACUGGACCACUCCCAGCAGCACUCACAACAAACAGGCCCUGCAUCACAGAGUGCGCUCCGUCAGUGUGGGUGAGCAGUGGCUGCAGCAGAGUGCCCCCUGCAGGAGGGUUCGUGGUGAAGCCAAGAAAUGCCGUAAAGUUUAUGGCAUUGAGCACAGAGAGCAGUGGUGCACCGCGUGUCGCUGGAAGAAGGCCUGCCAACGCUUUCUGGACUAGACCGGUCCUGUGACAGACUCUGGCUUACACAACAGCUUCAUCUGGUGGACAAGAGCGGGAAUGUACUGUAUAUAUUUUUCUGUGUAUAUUUUUCAUAAUGGACCUCUUUGAUGGACAUUUUUGUAUUCUUUUUGAAACAUGCUUUUUGUAUGACAUUGUAAAACACUUCCUGGACUCGUUCAGUUAUUGCAGGGCUGUAUAGAAGUGCUUUGCUCAGGUUAAGAGCAGCUGUCUACUCCUAACUCUCUAAGCAGCUAUAUAGGUUGUGUUCACGAUCUAGAAUUUGAUGUCAUAACUUUGGAUUUUAUUUUUAUUUUUUCACAAAUCUCCAAACAUAUGAGCGAUAAAUGUUCAGCCUUAUCGUUAUUGUUAGGGACUGGUUCCACAAACUUGCCAUGGUGAUCUUCAUUUUCAACUCACAAUAAUCACUCUUUGGAAUUGAUGAUUGCACUACAUUCUCACGCAAAAAAAAAAAAAAAAAAUGCUUUUGUUUAUUUAUACUGACUGAACAAAACAUUGAACUUUGUGUCAGCUUUAGCAAUUACAGGUCAAACCAGGUCAACAAAACUGCACUUUGACAGGUAAAUAGCAAAUUCCACAACAGAAUUCUAAAUUAUCCUCUAGAAUAGUGUACAUUUCAAACUUGAUUUUGAUACUCAAUACCAAUAGUGAUAAUAAAAUAAUUAAAAACACUUUUUCUUUAGACAAUAUAAUGUGAUUUUCAGCAUUAAAUCAUAGUACUUUCUUAUGUUACCAUGCGGCCUGAUAUGUGUGUUAUCCCUCAGUGGUCCAGUUAUGUUCCAUAGUGGUCCAUGGGCGUAUACUAGCCUAUGCGCUUUUAUACUUCUUCUGAUAUAGCUCAAGAUCAUUCUAAAGCUAUUUUAGUAUCGAUAAAUAUCUGAUUUUUGAUAUCUUUGACAACCUUAUUUCAGAUUGUUAUGUCACGUGAAUGCAACCUAUUCAAAGCAAUACAGCAAUAAUUUUCCAUCUUGAGUAAUACUCUUUUAUUUGAUGACAGCAGUACGGUAUACAAACGUAUGGCCAUAUCCGCUAAUGCACUAUCAAUAUUACAAAUGACUGUGUUAACUGUGUUUGUAUAGUUAUUAUUUUCUCAUAUGGUGCUGCCUUAAUCAAACCUGAAUUCCUUCCAUUUUUUUUUUACAUGUAAAGUGUGGCAGCUAUUAAUGUUAUGUAUACAUUUAUUGUUUUUUGAAUGUCACCCACUGUGCAGCCAAGCACCCAGUCCACUUGUUUCAUAGUUACGGAAGCAUUAGUUCUGCAACAGUAAAUCACAAUCAUUUUACACCAACUAUAAUGUAAAAGAAAAACACGGAGUACCACCGGAUCUUUAUCAGGUUUAUAGAAAGUCUGUUCCAGGUCUAAAAUUGGACUACAUUGUUGCCACAGUAGUUCUUCUAAACAAGAAUUUAGCUGAGGAGGAUAAAUUAAGCAAAUAUUAGAACUGUAGUAGCUGUAGCUAGUGUACAUACAGAGACCUAUUUACUCUUUGAAACAAGAGAGAUUAUUGAAUAAAGCUUAAAAAAAUUAAUUCUUUCCUCCAUUGCAAUUUGAAUCAAUUUAGAAUAUGACUAUUAAAAACAACCAAUUUGGACAACUGUAUGUAUUAAAACAAGAUAAAAUAUAAGACAGGAUGGUGCUCUAAUGUGUAUAUUUUUUACAUUACAUUCUGAUACUGAAAUAAUUUUAACUGUUUUAUAUACUCCACAUAUUGUAACUGCACUGCAAAACCUACUUUAUCUAAUUAGCUUGUCCUCAUUUUGGAGACAAUAAUGAUGCUCCUAAUUGCAUGGCAAAUCAACAAAAUACCUGGUGCAUGUUUAAUAUUGUUAGAUCCACCAUCUUUCUGUUGUAGUGAAAAUUCUUCCAUUCCAUGCUGCCAUAGUUUAGGAAAAGAAGCCAUAGAAUAUAGGAGAGUCACUAACCACCAUUUUUGGAAUAAUCAUAAUAAACUAUGGAUGCGUUUAUACACAAAAUUCUAAAUAAAUUUGACUUGAACAGGACUAAACCAAGUUUACGUCAAGACUACUCUGGGCUCAGAGCAGGUCCAAACUAGAGAACAAAUGUGACGCACCUUAUGAGAAUUGUAUAUUUAGUACAUUUCUUGCUCUUUCUUCUAAUUGUUUACCCUUUUAUUUGUUUUUACUAUGAAAACUGUUUUAGUAGAGUCAUUUUUACUAAGGAGACAGUUCAAACCUAGCAGUAACACGAUACUGUGGAAGUCAGAUAUACAGUAUUGACAAUGUAAGGAUAUGUGAAUUUUUUACUAGCUAACAUUAAAACCAACCAGCAUUUUGGUCAUUAGGCUAGUGUUAAUGUCAAGCUUGGAAGCCCUGGAGCUGUAUGUUUACCACAUGUCCAAAAAACUACUUAUGGAUGCUUGUAUAUAUUUCAAUUUAAGAAGCUGUCAUUUAUACUAUAAACAUGCUGUUAAAAUAAAGCCAUCUUUCCCAUGUGA